GCGUGGAAUAUAUUUUACUCAGCUUUUUUAUGUACGUUCAAAAAUCCGCAUAAACAUCAUUCUCCCUUGUCUUCUUCUUCCUGGGGAGCGUUGAAGCUUUGACGCAGAGUUCAUGCGCGACUCGUGUCCUCCGCCACGUUUUGCUCAUGCGAGUGUUUCUUAAGCUGCAUGCGAAUACGAGGGGCUUGAGCGGCGGAGAGCUGCUUUAGGAGGCGGAAUUGGGAGCGGAAAUGGCGUACCAGAGGAAGGUCCCGGAUCAGCAGCCGCGGAUUAUGCGGACGCAAACGGCAGGGAAUCUGGGGGAGUCGACCAUGGACAGCGAAGUCGUCCCGUCGUCUCUGGUGGAGAUUGCCCCUAUUCUGCGUGUUGCUAAUGAGGUUGAACCUAGCAAUCCAAGGGUUGCUUACCUCUGUAGGUUCUAUGCUUUUGAGAAAGCUCAUCGGUUGGAUCCAACAUCAAGUGGGCGUGGAGUUCGCCAGUUUAAAACAGCACUUCUUCAGAGGCUAGAACGGGAAAAUGAAUCAACUCUAGCAGGAAGGAAAAAGCGUGAUGCUCGUGAAAUGCAGAGUUUUUAUCAACAUUACUAUAGGAAGUAUAUUCAAGCUCUACAAAAUGCAGCUGAGAAAGCUGAUCGUGUGAGACUUACAAAGGCAUACCAAACUGCUGCCGUGCUUUUUGAGGUCUUGAAGGCUGUUAAUCUGACGGAAUCUGUUGAAGUGGCUGAUGAGAUUUUGGAAGUUCAAGCCGAGGUGGCUGAAAAGACAGAGACACUGGUGCACUACAAUAUACUUCCACUUGAUCCUGAUAGUUCAAAUCAAGCAAUUAUGAGAUACCCUGAGAUUCAAGCAACUGUGGCUACUCUGCGUAAUACGAGAGGUCUACCAUGGCCAAAAGGCCAUAAGAAGAAAAUAGACGAAGACAUUCUAGAUUGGCUUCAAGCUAUGUUUGGUUUUCAGAAAGAUAAUGUUGCAAAUCAAAGAGAGCAUCUGAUUCUAUUGCUAGCAAAUGUGCAUAUUAGGCAAUUUCCAAAACCAGAUCAUCAACAGCCUAAGUUGGAUGAUUGUGCACUUACCGAAGUCAUGAAGAAGCUAUUCAAGAACUACAAAAGUUGGUGUGAAUACCUUAACCGCAAGAGUAGUCUCUGGCUGCCGACAAUUCAACAAGAAGUGCAGCAAAGGAAAUUGUUGUACAUGGGUCUCUAUCUUCUUAUCUGGGGGGAAGCUGCCAAUUUAAGAUUCAUGCCAGAAUGUUUAUGUUACAUUUAUCAUUAUAUGGCAAUUGAGCUGCACGGCAUGCUGACAGGAAGUGUUAGCCCUGUGACUGGUGAGACAGUCAAACCUGUCUAUGGGGGUGAAGAUGAGGCUUUUUUGAGGAAAGUGAUCACUCCUAUCUAUAACACAAUAGCAAGGGAAGCUAAAAGGAGCGGACUAGGAAAAUCAAAGCAUUCAGAAUGGAGGAACUACGAUGAUUUGAAUGAGUACUUUUGGUCAGAGAAUUGCUUUAAAUUAGGUUGGCCAAUGCGUCUUGAUGCUGAUUUCUUCUGCCUUCCUGUUGAAAAAUUACGAGAUCAGGAAACAGUACCAGUCAAGAAGAAACAAUGGAUGGGAAAAACCAACUUCGUCGAGAUACGCUCAUUUUGGAACAUUUUUAGGAGUUUUGAUAGAAUGUGGGGCUUCUUAAUUAUUUCUUUGCAGACAAUGAUCAUUGUUGCAUGGAAUGGAUCUGGUGCACCAAGUUCUGUAUUUGAGGGAGAAGUGUUUAAGAAAGUGUUAAGCAUUUUUAUAACAGCUUCAGCAUUAAAACUAGCUCAAGCUAUUAUUGAUAUAAUCAUGAGUUGGAAAGCAAGACAAAGCAUGUCAAUCUAUGUCAAGCUAAGAUACAUUCUAAAGGCUGUCUCUGCAGCUGCAUGGGUCAUAAUCUUGCCAGUAACUUAUGCAUAUAGUUGGGAAAAUCCUCCUUCAUUUGCACAGGCAAUAAAGAGUUGGUUUGGCAAUAGUGGAAGUUCGCCUUCUUUGUUCUUCAUUGCAGUACUGUUUUACUUGUCUCCAAACAUGCUGUCUGCUUUGCUUUUUCUAUUUCCUUUUUUGCGACGCAACCUUGAGAGAUCAGAGUAUAAGAUUGCGAGGCUGGUGAUGUGGUGGUCUCAGCCCCGGCUUUAUGUUGGAAGGGGAAUGCAUGAUGACACAUAUUCUCUUGUCAAAUACACAAUGUUCUGGGUUCUCCUCAUGGCAUCAAAGUUGUCAUUCAGUUACUUUAUUGAGAUAAAGCCUCUUGUAGCCCCAACAAAAGAAAUCAUGAAUGUUCACAUACAAAGAUACCAGUGGCACGAGUUCUUUCCUCAAGCCAAGAAGAACAUUGGCGUUGUGAUUUCACUAUGGGCUCCUAUUGUUCUUGUCUACUUCAUGGACAUACAAAUUUGGUACGCAAUUUUCUCUACCAUAUUUGGCGGUAUAUAUGGUGCAUUCCGCCGUCUAGGAGAGAUCCGAACAUUAGGAAUGCUUAGGUUUAGGUUUCAAUCACUGCCAGCGGCUUUUAAUGCCCGCUUGAUUCCAGUGGAAAAUAAAGAAAAUUCUAAGAAGGGGCUAAAGGCAACAUUAUCUCCAAAGUUUGAUAAAGUGAAACAGGCAACUAGCAUAGGAGGAUAUGAAGCUGCAAGGUUUGCUCAGUUGUGGAACAAGAUAAUUGAGAGCUUUAGAGACGAGGAUCUGAUAAAUAAUAGCGAAAUGAAUCUAUUGCUUGUGCCCUACUCAGCAGAUAAGGACUUGGAAGACCUAGUUCAGUGGCCUCCAUUUUUAUUAGCAAGCAAGCUUCCCAUUGCGGUGGAUAUGGCUGAAAAUAGCAAUCAACGAGAUCAUGAACUGAUGAAAAGAUUAAAUGAUGACCAUUAUAUGUGCAGCGCAAUUCGCGAGUGCUAUGCUUCCUGUAAAAGCAUUAUAAACAAUUUGGUUCUUGGCGAACAUGAGAAAAAGUAAGUCCUCUGAAUUUAUUAUACUGAACAAAUGGUACAUACCUAAACAUCGUUUCAUUGCUUGGCUAAUCUGGAAAUGAAGAAUCCUCACUAAGGAUAGACUAUGCAGAUUUAUCAAUCGAUACUAACUGUGUGUUGUGUGAUAAGGGGGUGGAAACAGGUGAUCAUUUUGCUCUUGUCCAUAUGCUAAAUCAGUACAUGGGAGGAUUUUAAAUGGAUACAGUAUGACAUUUCUUCUAGUUCCAAUACUGAGUUGGGGAAAAAAUGAGGAUGGGGAAGAAUAGGAAAGAUUGUUGGCUUAUUGCUACAUGUAUAACUGCAUGCUGUUAUUUCUUGUGGAAGGCUAGAAACCUUAAAACUCACAGCAACAUGGAGGUCACCAAAGAGUAUAUUGUGAAAACCAUGAAGACUACUAUUGUGAUGGUGAUUUGGAAUAGAUAUGGCUCACUUGU